AUGCAGUUUUAUUGGGUCCGCCUGGUUCCGGAAAAGGGACACAAGUAAGAGCUCGCAUUGAAAGUGAUAGUUGAUUUAACUUAAACCGGGUUGCGUUCAUCAUUUGAUUACAUAAUUUAAUUUAAGUUAAAUUUUAAUACAGUCAAUAAUGGUUUAAUAUGGGUACAGAGGAUGUUCUCGAGAUUAAGAAUUAGAUCAACCUAUUUAACAAACGGUUAUGUAAAUUUUAUUCCAUCCCCGGUUUCAUGGUUACCCCCCUCAUUCGAAAGGCUCCAAUACUAAAAGAAAAGUUUUGUGUAUGCCAUUUGUCAACUGGCGAUAUGCUUCGAGCUGAAAUAUCUUCGGGGUCCAAAUUAGGAACAGAAUUAAAAAAGGUAAUGGAUGAGGGGAAGCUAGUUUCCGAUGAUCUAGUUGUGGAUAUGAUUGACAGCAAUUUAGAUAAGCCAGAGUGUCGAAAUGGAUUUCUCUUGGACGGUUUUCCCCGUACCGUUAUUCAAGCACAAAAGCUCGAUGACCUACUUGCCAAGAGAAAUACAAAUCUCGAUGCCGUAGUUGAAUUCUCUAUAGAUGAUAGUUUGCUAGUACGAAGAAUAACGGGGCGAUUAAUUCACCCUUCAAGUGGCCGAUCAUAUCACGAAGAAUUCGCUCCACCGAAAAACAAAAUGCGUGACGAUGUAACUGGUGAACCUCUAGUACGACGCAGUGACGAUAAUGCCGAAGCCUUAAAAAAACGAUUGGAAGCAUAUCAUAAGCAAACCAAACCAUUGGUUGACUACUACGCAGUAAGAGGUCUACAUUUUAAAAUUGAUGCAGCACAAAAGGCCAAUGAUGUGUUUUCACGCAUUGACAACAUAUUCACAAAUCAACGUAGAUCAAGAGAGUCUUUAUGAAAUGAGUUAACAAAGUCUUAACAAAUCCAAAAUAACAAUUUUUGUAAUAACGUUAGCUGUAAGUAAAUGUACAAAGGUUUAAAUUAAAAAAUAAAGCUCUUAAAACAAGUUUUGCUCAAACGGAAAAUAA